AUGUCUGCUAGAGCUGUAGCUAACUUGGCGAUUGGUCUUAGUUUUUUAGCGCUUUUGGGAUGUGUCGUUCUUUUGCCUUCACUGUACGAAAAGAUCUCCGAGAUUCAAGAAGACAUUUCAACGGAAAUCAGUCAAUUCAAUCAGCUUCAAGAUAGUAUUCAUUUUGAAAUGCGAAAAAGAACUCUUGGAUUGACCUUCAGAAAACGUCGGCAAACUGAUGAGCCAGGAAAAUGCACAUGCAAGCAGUCUAAUUUUUGUCCUUCCGGACCUCCUGGACUACCUGGUGUACCUGGACAAGAUGGAACACCAGGAGCGCCAGGAACUCCAGGAGCACCUGGUCUUCCAGGAACAUUCCCACAGGUUAUGCUCAGUGAAGACAGAACCUGCCGUGUGUGCCCACCUGGACCAAAGGGAUAUCCAGGACCUCCUGGAAGACCUGGUUUACCAGGCCAGAACGGAGAGGUAGGACCUAGAGGACCUAAGGGAGAAAUUGGCUAUCCGGGACAGCCUGGAAAACCAGGAUUCCCUGGUGAGCUGGGUGAACCUGGCAAACGUGGUGAACCAGGAGUACCAGGCGCACCUGGAACUGCCGGUGGUAUAGGUGAACCUGGAGCUCCAGGGCCUCAGGGGUCUCCAGGCCCAGCAGGGUUCCCCGGACAAAACGGGAAUGACGGGAACCAAGGAGCGCCAGGAUUCCAGGGAAUUCAGGGUAAACCAGGCGAACAGGGUGAUAAGGGUGCUCCUGGUUACCCAGGAGCCCCAGGCAUACUUGGUAGAACUGGUCAGGAUGUUAACUACUGUUCGUGCCCUCCACGACGAAGAUUCUAA